CAGAUCUCCCUGUCAAAUUCUCUUUGUGUCAGCUUUGGGAUGUGGACAUAUGCCACGUGUACAUAGACAUUCGUUUGUCAAAUCUAACGAACAACGACCGUAACAGGUUUCGGGUCAGGUUUCCGAAUCCGGUUCCUGUUUGUCUACCACCUUCCCAGUUUCAUCAAUGGCAAUGAUCAUCAUUGCAUCUCAUUUUCAUCAUAUUAUUAUUCUAAAACCUAAAUUUUUCAUAUUUUUCUCCAUUUUUAUUUUACUGUCACUUUCCCCUACUUUAAAUCUUGUUUUUUCUUCAUAAUAAUUCUGUCCCACAUUAUCCAUUUCAAUUGCAACUGAGCUGCUCUUCCAGCUCCAAUUUUACAUUGAUCACCGACCCAUUUGGGUUUUCUUUAUUAAUUGUAAAUGUCAUAUUUGCAAAUUUGUUGAGGAUCCAUUGAAAUAUUUUAGGGAUCAAUUGGGGUACAUUCCCAAGGGGUUUUGGAUGCAAUUGAUAGAGAUACGGCGCCAUUAGAUGGCGCUGUUCAGACGAUUCUUCUAUAAGAAGCCGCCGGAUCGGCUUCUAGAGAUCUCUGAACGGGUCUAUGUGUUUGAUUGUUGCUUCUCAACGGACGCAUUGGACAAAUAUGAGUACAAGACAUACAUGGGAGGGAUUGUAGCUCAGCUACAGGACCAUUAUCCAGAUGCUUCUUUCAUGGUUUUUAACUUCAAAGAAGGAGAUCAGAGGAGCCAAAUAUCAGAUAUAUUAACGCAGUAUGAUAUGACUGUCAUGGAUUAUCCUCGGCGGUAUGAGGGGUGUCCUGUAUUGCCACUGGAGAUGAUCAAGCACUUCUUGAGAUCCAGUGAGAGCUGGCUUUCACUCGAGGGCCAACAAAAUGUGUUGUUAAUGCACUGUGAGAGGGGAGGGUGGCCCGUACUUGCUUUCAUGCUUGCUGGCCUUCUUUUGUACAGAGAACAGUACACUGGUGAGCAGAAGACUCUUGACAUGGUAUACAGGCAAGCUCCUAGGGAACUUCUUUAUGUUUUAUCACCUCUGAAUCCACAGCCGUCUCAGCUUAGAUAUCUCCACUAUAUCACCAGAAGAACUGUUGGCUUAGAUUGGCUGCCAUCAGAUAUACCUUUCGCUUUAGAUUGUAUCAUACUCAGGGUCCUUCCUCUAUUUGAUGGUGGGAAGGGGUGCCGACUGGUGGUUCGUGUCUAUGGUCAGGACCCUGCUUCAACAACGUCCAAUAGGAGUUCUAAACUCCUUUUUUCAACUUCAAAGACAAAACAACAUGGUCGCCUCUACCGACAGGAAGAGUGUGCGCUCGUGAAAAUAGAUAUCCACUGUCGUGUCCAAGGAGAUGUUGUUCUUGAGUGCAUCCAUUUGGAAGAUGACCUAGUUAGGGAAGAAAUGAUAUUCAGAGUUAUGUUCCAUACGGCAUUUAUUCGCUCAAAUGUUUUAAUGUUAACUCGUGAUGAAGUUGAUGUCCCAUGGGAUGCAAAAGAUCAAUUUUCUAGGGAGUUCAAAGCAGAGGUACUUUUUUCGGAUGCUGAUGCUGUUCCAUCUAUUAUCACCGUAGAAGCGCCAGAUGAAGAUGAUAAUGAGACUGAAGGUGAUUCACCAGAGGAGUUCUUUGAGGUGGAAGAGAUAUUCAGUAAUGUUAUUGAUGGACCGGAUGGAAGAGGGGAAUCUGAUGCCCAGUCAGUUCAGGACAGUAUGCAGGAUGACGAUAGCACUGAAAUAUGGAAAGAGGAGUUGGAGCAUCGUGCUUUUCAAGAUAGUUCAUCUAUUGAUGUUAAUCGCAAACAAGAAGGAAAUACAGAUUCUACUCAACAAGCAUCAAAAACAAAUGGUUUAGCGCAUAAUGACGAUUUGAUAAACUCCAAGGCUGUGAUUUCUGAUGUUUCUAGCGACAAGGACUCUAAAGCAGGAACACAUGGGGAUAUAGAAGGCACCUUUAGACAGGAGAGGCAGGGUUCACAACAGAAAUUGACUACUGAUAUCAGUAAAGGAAAGAAUGAAAAGGCACCUUCAUCUCUAAAGAAACAGCUCGUAUCCAACUCCAAACUUGCUGUUGAUGGGAUUGGACCUAAAGAUAAGUCUAAACAAAAGGAAUCUCAGGGCACUCUGUUGCGACUAGCAAAGCCAAAUGCAGUGUCUCGGUGGAUCCCUUCUAAUAAAGGUUCUUACACUAAUUCAAUGCAUGUGGCAUAUCCACCAUCAAGGUAUAAGAGUGCUCCACCUGUGCUUGCUGUUACCAAGGAUUCUCAAUCUGGGUUAAAAUCAAAAUCGCCAUCUCCUCGAGCUUUUUCAGAAGCUAAAAUUCCAGCUGGAGCAGGUCGUGUUCCAAAGAAGCGCUCUUCAUGUCCAGCAUCAUUAGACAUGUCAACAGUCAAGGAGGCACCUGUUGCAAUGACCACUUCAUCAGAAUCAGUUGAAAGGCAGGCAUAUGACCUUCAGGAAUCCCCUCAAAGUCCCCUACCUUCUUCACUGCCUUCAUUUCGAUAUCCAAGCACUUCAUCACUUGAAUUGCCUCCUAUUCAGGAAGCAAGUAAUAACCUACCAGAUUCUGCAACGCUACCCGUGUCUUCGUCGGAAACCCAUAUUACAACGGAUUCUUUGUCUCACAUAUCCUUCCCUUCCCCACCUCCCCCGCCGCCUCUGCCUGUUCCAUUCAUAUCACUCAGUCAUAAUGUCAAAUCUGUAUCGUCACCUCCACCUCCACCUCCACCUCUAUCAUCAACUGGCUUGAGAUUGACUCACAUGGGUAGCUCUCGUAGUCAUAAUGUCAUAUCCUUAUCACCACCAACCCCGCCUUCACCUCCACCUCCACCUCCAUCCUCAAAUGGCUUGAGAAUGACUCAUAUGGGUAGCUCUCCUCCUCCUCCCCCUCCCCCUCCUCCCCCAACUUUACCACCCACAUCAUCUACUGUACUGAGAGGUGGUAGGGAAUUGUCACCAACUCCUUUGCCAGAUGUGGCUUGUGCAACUAACUCCUUGGCAGCAUCAAGUCCAUUGCGACCUCUUUCUCCACCUCCACCUCCACCUCCACCUCCACUUCCACCUCUAUAUGCGCCUAUUACACCAAAUUUGGCUAGCUUUGGGCUGUCCACUCCGCAGCCACCUCCUCCCCCUCCCCCUCCCCCUCCCCCUAUACCUGCAAAGCACGGUGCCCCCCCACCUCCUCCACCACCUCCACCACCUCCACCAUUUCCAAUUGCGCCUAGAGUUACUUCUUUGCUGACAACAAGUGCUCCACCACCACCAGCACCGCCUCCUCCUCCUCCUCCACCCCAUCCACCUCCUUCACUCGGUGUUUCAGCUUCACCUUCCCCACCGCCACUGCCACCUCCUUCACCAUCUCCACAACCUUUGCAGAGUGCUCCACUUUCACCAACCUCAACUCCCUCACAAAAUAUACCUCCUCCACCUCCACCUCCCCCACCUUCACCACCUUCAAGAAAUGCUCCGACUUCAACUCCUCCUCCACCUCCUUUACCACCACCUCUUUCAAGAAAGGCUCCCGCGCCAAUUCUGCCUCCACCUACUCCACCCCCACCCCCUCCAAGAAAUGCUCCAUCCCCGACUCCUCUUCCACCUCCCCCACCUCCCCCACCCCUCUCAUAUGGUAUUCCACCUGCACCGCCUCCACCUUCAAUUUUUUGUCCCCAUCCUCCUUCCUCCCCAGCUUCUUUCUCUGGAGAACCACCCCGACCCCCACCUCUACCACCUCCCUUGCAUGUAUCGCCUUUACCAUCUCCUCCAUUGUCAGCAGCUCCACCUCCUCCUCCUCCUCCUCCUCCAGCAGUACCUGGAGCUUUGCCUCUGCCUCCUUCAAUAGUUGGGCCUCCAGCUCCUCCACCUCUCCCCGGUGGUGGCCCUCCAGCUCCUCCUCCUCCUCCUCCAGUACCUGGAGCUUCGUCUCUACCUCCUUCAAUAGUUGGGCCUCCAGCUCCUCCACCUCUCCCCGGUGGUGGCCCUCCAGCUCCUCCACCUCCUCCAAGUUGCAGUCAGCCCGAUCAUCCACCUCCCCCCAGUGGUGGCCCUCCAGCUCCUCCACCUCCCCCUGGCGGCGGCCCUCCACCUCCUCCUCCUCCCUCCCGGGGCGGCCCUCCACCACCUCCUCCUCCUCCUGGUGGCGGUCCACCACCUCCUCCAAUACAUGGAGCACCACCUCCUCCGCCACCUCCGGGCGGUAGAGCACCUGGACCACCUCCCCCACCACCUCCUGGAGGUAGAGGACCUGGACCACCUCCCCCACCGCCACCCGGAGGUAGUGCACCUGGUCCACCUCCCCCACCUGGAGCUCCAAGACCUCCAGGUGGUGGACCUCCCCCACCGCCACUAUUUGGUGCUAAAGGACCUGGGGCAGCCGGCAGAGGAAUUCCUGCUGGGAGAGCUCCAAUACUUUCACGGACAAGAUCUAAUUUAAAGCCAUUGCACUGGAGCAAGGUAACCAGGGCACUACAGGGAAGCCUAUGGGAGGAACUACAGAGACAUGGAGAGCCUCAAACUGCACCAGAGUUUGAUGUGUCAGAAAUUGAGGUUCUUUUCUCUGCCACCCCCAAGUCAAGUAGUUCAGGUAAAUCUGGAGGACGGAAGAAGUCUGCUGAAUCUAAACCGGACAAGGUUCAUCUGGUUGACCUAAGAAGGGCGAAUAAUACUGAGAUUAUGCUCACAAAGGUGAAAAUGCCACUUCCAGACAUGAUGGCAGCUGCACUGGCAAUGGAUGAGUCUAUUUUAGAUGCAGAUCAGGUGGAGAAUCUUAUAAAGUUUUGUCCUACAAAAGAUGAGAUGGAUCUUCUUAAGGGUUACACUGGUGACAAAGAGCUUCUCGGAAAGUGUGAACAGUUCUUUUUGGAGUUGAUGAAGGUGCCACGAGUAGAGUCGAAAUUAAGAGUGUUUCUCUUCAAGAUUCAGUUCAAAUCUCAGGUGACAGACUUCAAGAAAAGCUUAACCACUGUGAACUCUGCAUGCGAAGAGGUCCGAAAUUCUUCCAAAUUGAAGGAAAUAAUGAAGAAAAUUUUGUUUCUAGGGAAUACGUUAAAUCAGGGAACUGCCAGAGGUUCUGCCAUUGGAUUUAAGUUGGACAGUCUUUUGAAGCUCACUGAUACACGUGCUACUAACAACAAGAUGACACUCAUGCAUUAUCUUUGUAAGGUUCUUGCUUCCAAGUCACCAGCACUUUUAGACUUCCAUGAAGAUCUUGUAAGCGUGGAAGCUGCAUCAAAGAUUCAAUUGAAGUCUUUGGCUGAAGAAAUGCAAGCAAUCAUCAAGGGGCUGGAAAAGGUUAAGAAGGAACUGGAGUCAUCUGGGAAUGAUGGCCCCGUGUCUGAAAUUUUUUGCAAGACCUUAAAGGAAUUCAUUGGUGCGUCUGAAGCAGAGGUUGGCUCUCUCAGGGAGUUGUAUUCCGUGGCGGGCAGAAAUGCAGAUGCACUUACACUAUAUUUUAAUGAGGAUCCUGCCAAAUGUCCAUUUGAACAAGUCACCGCAACCCUCUUAAAUUUUGUGAGGUUGUUCCGCAAAGCCCAUGAAGAGAACUUGAAGCAGGCUGAACUAGAUAAGAAGAAAGUUCAGAAGGAAGCCGAAACGGAGAAUGCGGAAGGAAGUAACUUAACAAAGAAGGGUGAGAAGUAAAUGGGGAUGAUUCAUUCUUCAGGGAAAUUUUGGUGUCAUGUAUUGGCCUUCGUCCGUUGGUUAACUGUUGUGUUGACUAAGGACAGUGGUCUUAAGUCAAACCAGAAGCCUCCAAUAUUGAUCUAUUGGCUUUGGCUUUCUCUGGGUUCAAGAAAGAAAGUCCAAUACUAAAAGCUUGUGAACCUGGAAAUGCAAUGAAGUGCUUUGCAGAGGGAAACUGAAAAAGAGACAUUCGCGUCCGGGCUCUUGGAGUGAUUUGCAGAGAGAAGCUGAAGAUGACAGACACGCUGUUGUCUGAGCUCUUGGAUGAUGCAAGCAAUCCAUUGGUCUAAGAAUCGAUCACCUGGAUUUUGUUAUUGAUGGGUGAUCAUGACUGCCGUCCCUUCUGGAGUGUGCUGCAUGAUUAAACAGAACAAUGCAUCUAAGAAUGCAAAUUUGGGUAUGCAUUUGCUGAACCAACACGAUGGAGUUGUCGUUGGUGCAAAUGUAGUUACAUGCGGAGUUGGCAUUCACCAUGAUGCAUGCAGAUUAUGCCAUACAAACUGUAAAUUGCAAGUGUAACAUGGGUGGUUUGUACAAAGCCCUAACCCCUGUAUUUAGAGAUGUUGAUUCUUUUCAUUGUAACAUAGAAACAGGUUCCUGGUCAGUAUUUGAUGGGAAUCCAAUACGGAAAAUUGUACAGAAAGCAUAGAAGAGGAUAGAGAUAGGUAUUUUUAGCAAUAGCAAUGUAACAAAAUGUAGGCUGUGGGAUAAGUUCCCACUUUUCUUAGAGUCAAAUUUUAGCUAUAAUAUGAUAUCUUCAUUCA